CACCAGAGAGGAUUUAUAGAUUUAUAACCCUAGGUAGAAAGGCUAUGGCAUCACUCUUGACUUAAAUUGAAAGAAAAAAAAAGGAUCCAUCAGAAUUCCAAAGGAGCUUGACGUUUUCACAUGGCAAACCUGUAUGGUUUGUGGUGAUCUGGUGGUAGAUACAAAAACACGACACGAUUAUGGGACUAUUCCCAUAGCAUGUCAAAUGUGUUUACAUCAUGUUCUGUCAGACACGCGACCAAAGACACUGGCCACCAUUAUUCACGCAACAUCCGGUUGUGCAGCAGCCAUUUUGUCUGUUCUUGCAAUUCCUCCCCACACGGUCAAGAACUGCAGUUCCCACUUAGAAAACAAUAACAAUAUUACUACUUAGGCCGAUUUAAUGGUACUUUAUGGACACGGAGAAGGGCUGAAAAAUCAAAUAGUUAUAUUUUGAGUUCGAGGAGGUCCCUCCUUUUGGCUUAGCCAUUUGCUGAGUAGAGCUUUAUUAGAGCGCGUUAUGUCGUGCGAGGAAAGCUACAUAGCCAUCCGGCGGUAUCUUACCGACGAGCGGGAGCCAUACGCACCAGGGACGCAUGGUAAUACAAAAAGAAAGAUUCGCAAGGCAGCAGCUUGUUAUGUUGUGCGAAAUGGAGUUCUGUAUUACCAGCGGCGACACAAAGGCCAACGCGAAUUCACCGAGCUGGAAGUUGUCCUACAGGACGGACGAAGGAAGGAACUUAUCGAUGAAGCUCACAUCGCUGCCGGAGGAGAACACCUCACCCAACAACAAACUUGGGAAACCAUCUCUCAAAAAUAUUGGUGGAGAGGUAUCCUGAAGCAAGUGAAGGACUACAUUAGGGAAUGUAGUCAGUGCCAAAGCAGACAGGACCGCAGCAGAGGAUACAGCGAGGAUGGCCACCUCCAAGGCUUCGGUGGGAGAGCAGCAAGACGCAGGCCCGUGGAUGUCAGCGAUGACGAGGAGGAGGAUGACACGGAGGAUUUGGACUUUGGUACCCAGCCUAGAUCGAAGAACUCUCGGGGAAACAAUAAGCAUGAAUUGGUUUUUGUGGAUUCAAAGGGGGUGGUGAAGCAGUUUUUGCACAAGCACGGCCAGUCCAUGAUGGACAAGCUGAACCUGCAGCGGGUCAACAACCAGUUCUGUGACAUCACCCUGCUGAUCGAGGGCGAGGAGUACCGUGCCCACAAGGCUGUGCUGGCCGCCUGCAGCGACUACUUCUACGAGCUGUUCAUCGAGAAGGGAGCGGUGGCCAGCCACGAAGCAGUCGUGGAUCUCUCGGGCUUCAGCAAAGCCAGCAUCCUGCCGCUGCUUGACUUUGCCUACACCUCCAACCUGACGUUCAACUUCUGCGUUAUGGCGGAGGUGGCCACGCUGGCGCGCCACCUGCUGAUGUCGGAGGUGCUGGAGAUCUGCGAGUCAGUGCACCGCAAGGUGGAGGAGCAGAAGCUCACCGUCUACCAGCGAGGUGACAUCCACACGGUGGUGUCGGCUCAGCCCCUGGCCGAGGAGGAGCAGCAGCCUGGAGCCGAGACCGACACCACCACCACCGCCAUCGCCGACGACCCCCAGCCCAACACCACCUACAUGGUCACCAUGCAGAGCGAUGGCCAGGCCGUGGUCACCCACAGUGGGGAGGCCGUGGCCACCGAGUCCCUGGCCGUCCUCGCGCACUCCCAGAUGGUAGCCGAGGCCGGGGAGUCCCUGGCUCUGCUGGCCCAGGCUGGGCAGGUGGGAGCGGGGGAGUCACUGACACUCAUGGCCCCCGGCGAGGACGGCGCUGCCGGCGAGACCAUGACGGUGAUCACGCACAGCGGGCAGGCGGGCUCAGGCGAGUCCCUGGCUGUGGUGCAGGCCUGCUGGAAGGUGGCGCCUGAGAGCAUGGACACGGGCCCGUAUAUCAUCAGCGUGGACUCUGGCAAAGCCUCCGAGCUGGUGCAGAUGAGCGCAGUGGCGCCCCCUGCUGACAAAGACCCUGCUAUUGAUACUGCAGCUUCUGCUGCUAUUGCUGUUGUGGAUACACAAGUGUUGCCUGCCCAGUCUGCCGAGCCUGACCCAGCGCCUCCUCCCCCCAAGCGGAAGCGAGGACGCCCAGCUAAGGUCAAACCUGAACUGCUACCUGUGGUGGAGCCAGAGGAGGUGAUGCCGGCUCCGGAGCCCGCCCUGCCCAGCGUGGAGGAGGAGCAGGAGAGCGCCUCGGACGACCCCAACCGGAGGAGGCUGAGGCAGCGCUCAGUGGGGAAGGGAGGCUACGUGCGCCUCCACAUGGGGCUGGACCAGGAGGAGGAGGAGGAGGACAAGAAGGCGCAGGGCACUCCAAUUUCCAGCACUGUCAAAAGACGAGGCCCACGUCCGGGCCUGAAGAGGAGCGAGGCGGAGGAAGCAGCGGCAGCAGCGGUGGCCUUGACCGAGGACGCUGCAGCUGCUGCUGCUUCUGUCUCAGAUGGGGCGGUGCAGGCGGAGGACCAGGAGGCAGCAAAACUGGUGGCCAAGGAGGAUGGACCAUCAUCAGCAGGACCAGGAGGAGAUGGAGGAGGAGGUGGUGAAGAGGAGGGAGGGGGUGCCCAAGGGAAGGCCUCAGAGAGCGCGGUGGACGGAGAGCACACUUGCGGCGAGUGCGGCAUGGUGUUCGAGCGGCGCUACGCACUCAUCAUGCACACACUGAAGCACGAGAAGACACGCGGAUUCAAGUGUGGGCUGUGCAACAAAGAGUUUCAGUAUGCGGCGUCGCUCCGGGCACACAUGGCCCGCCACAAGCACCGGAGCCAGCGGACGUCCUCUCUGCCCCGGCUGGCCGAGGGCGACUCCGCGGGCGGAGGAGAGGGAGGCGAGGCGGGCAAGGGGGCCAAGGAGCGCACCACGCGGGAGUUUGUCUGCGACAUCUGCGGCAAGACCAUGCCCAAGCUGUACUCGCUGCGCAUCCACAUGCUCAACCACACGGGCGUCCGGCCGCACGCCUGCCGCGUCUGCGGGAAGACCUUCGCCAACAAGCACAGCCUGAAGAUGCACCGCAUGCUGCACGAGAACGACAAGCAGUUCCUCUGCAGCAUCUGCAACAAAACCUUCGUCAGCAAGCGCAGCCUGGAGGACCACACCAGCCUGCACACAGGAGAAUCCAAGUACUUAUGCACAACGUGUGGGAAAUCGUUCCACAGAGCGUCCGGCUUGAGCAAGCACUUGAAAAGGCACCAGCCCAGGCCAGAGGUUCGAGAAUUCGAGUGUUCACACUGUGACAAGAGUUUCUAUGAGGCCAAAGACCUGCAGCAGCACAUGAACAAGCACCUGGGCCUCAAGCCGUUCCAGUGCCAGGUGUGUGGGAAGUGCUACAGCUGGAAGAAGGACUGGUACUCCCACGUCAAGUCCCACACGGUGGCCGAGCCCUACAGGUGUAACGUGUGUGGGAAGGAGUUCUUUGAGAAGGCGCUGUUCCGGCGGCACGUGAAGAAGGCCACGCACGGCAAGAAGGGCCGCAUCAAGCAGAACCUGGAGCGCGAGUGCGAACACUGCGGACGCAAGUUCACACAGCUCCGAGAGUACAGACGCCACAUGAACAACCACCAGGGCGUGAAGCCGUUCGAGUGCCUGACGUGCGGCGUGGCGUGGGCAGACGCGCGCUCCCUGAAGCGCCACGUGCGCACGCACACGGGCGAGCGCCCCUACGUGUGCCCCGUGUGCCAGGAGGCGCACAUCGACGCCCGCACCCUCCGCAAGCACAUGACCAAGCUGCACGGUGACUACCUGCCCGGCAAGAUCAUGCUGGAGAAGGACACGCUGCAGUUCCACAACCAGGGCACACAGGUGGAGCACGCCGUCAGCCUGCUGCCCCCGGAGCUGCCCCCCGAGCUCCGGCCCACACAGCCCGUCACCGUCCCCGGCACCGAGGAGAUCGAGACGGUCCUCAUCACCGAGGAGACGGUGGAGGCCAUGGAGGCGGCGCAGGCGGUGGCGGUGGCGGCGGUGGGUGCCGACGGGGUGGCGGCCACACUCUCGGACAGCAGCAUCAUGCAGGUGGUGAACUAUGUGCUGGCGCAGCAGGCGGGCGGCACCAAGCUGGAUGAGGUGGGCCCCGAACACGUCAUCCAGACCAUGGAGGUGGAGGUGGCACACGUGGCCGAGGUGGCGGAGGUGGAGUGAGCUGUGAGCUGCCGCCUGCUUCUCACUCACUCACCCACUUGACCCCAGUGGUGGUGGAAGUUCCUCAUCCAAUGCUGCAGUCCAGAGCAGUCAGCCGGAGAAAUGGAAGCCACACUGUGGAGGGAAGGAUGACUGAAGAGGCUGAAUGGUGGUGGGACUUUCAUCCAGCAAGCCAGUGCAGUCAGGCACUGAUGAGCCGGUAGCAGGCAGAGGAGUGGGGGGGGAGUAGAAAGUGACCACACUGGAAGGAAGGAUGAAUGAAUAGAUCUAAUUGAAUAACUGUUGGAGGUCAAAACAGCAUUUGAUGGCUCUGGUAUGCUGUUGGCAAGUUGCAAUCAGAAUGUAUUACAUGUAUAAAGAAAAUGUAUUUUCCCCCCACUGAAUUUGCUUCUCCCAAAUGGUACAAUGAUUGAGUAAAAGCAAGGAAGGGUUUCACUCUACAGACCUCCCCUUUUACCCUUUCAGUAUACACCCAUGUUUAUACGAGCGAAUGAUUGAGUGCUUGUAAAAGUUGUGUACAGUUUGUUUAUAGUCCCUAUUUUUUGAAUGCAGUGUUCCAUUUGAAACUGUUAUUUUCAGCAAUAGUGUUAAGGGUUUCUAAAUUAUUCACCAAAACCCCUUUGUAAAUUGUUUUCCCCCCUACCAUUUUGUUGGAGCUCUGUGCAUAUAGUGAAUGUGUGAGUGCGUGUUCCUCCUUGGUGUGUUUGUUGGACUGAAAGUAAAGCCCUAAGAGACUUGGCUGUAACAAUGCAGAAGGCUCCUUUGGGGUUAGUAUGGCUCAACACACUUGCACCCAGAUGUGUAUUUAGCAGAAGGAAAUGAGAACAAAAUAGCCAAAAUAAAGAGCUAUGACUGCAGGGAAAUGA